GAGUCAUUUCAGAUAAUUUUCUUAUACUGUGCAAUGCGUCUAACAAGUUAUUGAUUUUGUUGACCGUCUUCAGAGAUGAUUAUGGGACAGAUGUUGACAGAAGGUCUGGAGUUUCUACUGUAAUAACGAUUCUCCAGGCACCUUAAUCUGUCCGUUACAACUACGGUCAUUGGCAUGACGUUGAAUAUUGAACCGUUAGCGAAUCCGUUCCAAAAAAGAGACGUUUUCUUGUUUUUUCCACGGGACGCAGGAAGACGGUUUUCCCUGGAGCUCGUACUUCCGGAUGUAGCCUGCUGUGAGUCCGGCGACACAUUCCCCGCUGCUCCUCGGCAUCCACGGCCCUCAGCAUCAAUCUUGGCAAGAGCUCUUAUUAAGUAAAUCUAACGACACACGGAUGUAGGCUAGAAGAGACGAAGCUUCCGCUGGAAUUAACCCGAACGAAACGAGCCGAGUCGAAAGCGUUGACUAAAUGCGAAACAAAUCACUGUAGAUCACAGUACAUCCUCUCUCCGUCAGCUGUUGUUAUAUUCCACUUUUAAAUGAAUCUUGUAAGAUUUAUGAAUAACAGAGUUCCAUCUAACAAGAGAUAUCAGCCUACAAACUAUGAACAUGCAGCCAACUGUGCUACACACGCGCUGUGGAUAAUACCCAGCCUAUUGGGCAGCUCUGUGCUGCACUUCCUGUCCGAAGACCAAUGGGAGCGUGUCUCAGCCUGGCUCUAUGGGGCGGGGCUUACGUCCCUCUUCCUCAUCUCCACUCUGUUCCACACUGUGGCUUGGAAGAAGAGCCAUUUACGGUCGGUGGAACACUGUUUCCACAUGUGUGACAGGAUGGUCAUCUAUUUCUUCAUAGCAGCCUCUUACGCCCCCUGGUUGAACCUCCGGGAGCUGGGACCCUGGGCCUGUCACAUGAGGUGGUUGGUCUGGGUUAUGGCCUCGGUUGGAACCACCUAUGUCUUCUUCUUCCACGAAAGGUAUAAGCUGAUGGAGCUCAUCUGUUACACAGUGAUGGGAGUGUUCCCUGCCUUGGUCAUCUUGUCCAUGCCGGAUCGUGAGGGGCUGUGGGAGUUGCUAGUAGGCGGGGCCUGUUACUGCCUGGGCAUGGUGUUUUUCAAGAGCGACGGCCUCGUCCCAUUUGCCCACGCGAUAUGGCAUCUCUUCGUUGCCAUGGGAGCCGGCAUCCACUACUACGCCAUCUACCGAUACCUCUACACACCCACAGCCAAUCAGAUGAAAUUGUCCAGAUGACCCAUGGAGACUGGAGGCGAGGGUUGGUGAUGUCAUAGGAAGUCAAAGGGAAGGAGUGGCCUAAUGCAAUGUCAGAAUAGAAGGAUGGCUAAGAUUCUAACCAUAGAAAUACUACACUUUUCUUGAAACCUUCUUUUCUUUUUGAUGCACACCCUGGUUUGGGUUGGUGUCUGUGCGGUCAACCUCAUUGCCUCUUUUGAAGAGUUUGUUUAACGCUUCCUCCAAAAUAGUUCCCUAUUCCUUUGGAUUGUGCUCUAUUUUAGACCAGGGCCCUAUUCCUUAUAUAGGACAUUAGUUAGAACCUGGUCCCAGCAUUGCACACAUUUUCACCAGAGCCCAGUGGGCUUUUACCUAGAGAGCAGAGUACCACUUGGGGGGCAGAUUAACUAAUGUGGAAUGAUGUGAUGAUGUAAUCAGCUGCCUCAGUCAUGACAGUGUCAUCUGUGUCACUAAGUAUCCUGGAGACAGGUGAUGUCAUCUGUGUCACUAAGUAUCCUGGAGACAGGUGAUGUCAUCUGUCUCACACAGCAUUCUGGAGCUGGAGACAGGUGAUGUCAUCUGUCUCACACAGCAUUCUGGAGCUGAAGACAGGUGAUGUCAUCUGUCUCACACAGCAUUUUUAAUUUGAAGACAGGUGAUGUCAUCUGUCUCACACAGCAUUCCAAAGCUGAAGACAGGUGAUGUCAUCUGUCUCACACAGCAUUCCAAAGCUGAAGACAGGUGAUGUCAUCAGUGCCACCCAGUGUUCUGAAUUUAAAAUUGUGGUGUUCUGAAGCUGUUAGGCAUUAUCCUACUAGUGGAAUUACCAUAAUAUUAUUUUUAGUUAGAUGAGUAUUUCAUUUUUCAGGUUAGGACUGAUCCUAGAUCUGUGGUUAGGACUGACCCUAGAUCUGUGGUUAGGACUGACCCUAGAUCUGUGGUUAGGACUGAUCCUAGAUUUCUGGUUAAGACUGAUCCUAGAUCUGUGGUUAGGACUGAUCCUAGAUUUCUGGUUAAGACUGACCCUAGAUCUGUGGUUAGGACUGAUCCUAGAUCUGUGGUUAGGACUGAUCCUAGAUUUCUGGUUAAGACUGAUCCUAGAUCUGUGGUUAGGACUGAUCCUAGAUCUGUGGUUAGGACUGAUCCUAGAUCUGUGGUUAGGAUAGUAUAUAAUUGUUCAGGUUAAGAGUUUGAUUUGAUGAGCUGUCAUUAAGGGAGUGUCUCUAAACGUUUCUGAUGAGCUGUUGUUAAGGGAGUGUCUCUAAAUAUUUCUGAAUCCCAAAUGGCACUGGUUUCUUUAUGUAGGAAUAGGGUGCCAUUGGUUAUAAUAAUGAUGAUGAUUUAAUCGUGUUGUUAUUAUGUUGAUGAUGAUGAUUUAGUGUUAUUCUUAUAGUAAUUAAGACAGUGGUAAUGAUUUAAUGGUAUUAUAUUGAUGAUUUUUAGUGUUAUUGAUAUACUGAUGAGUAGUGUUAUUGUUCUAAUAAUGAUUUAGUGUUACUGUCAAUAUAAUGAUGUUUAUUUAGUGUUGUUGUAGUUGUUAUAAUAAUGAUUAUUUAGUGUUAUUAUUGUUUUCUAUCCUUCAGUUAUUUCAGACUUUGGUCCAAGUAGUCAGAUUCCAUUACCAUAUUAUAAUGCUAUUUGUUCAUCUAUAUUUAAACAGUGGUCAUGUGACUACCCCAUUCAAAUGUCUGCACUCCUCCUAGGACACACUUAAACCGUGACCUCAUCCUAUCUCAGAUAUAUCACCUCAUCCUAUCUCAGACAUCACGUCAUCCUAUCUCAGACAUCACGUCAUCCUAUCUCAGACAUCACGUCAUCCUAUCUCAGACAUCACCUCAUCCUAUCUCAGACAUCACGUCAUCCUAUCUCAGAUAUAUCACCUCAUCCUAUCUCAGACAUCACGUCAUCCUAUCUCAGAUAUAUCACCUCAUCCUAUCUCAGAUAUAUCACGUCAUCCUAUCUCAGACAUCACGUCAUCCUAUCUCAGACAUCACCUCAUCCUAUUUCAGACAUCACCGCUUCCUAUCUGACACAUCACCUCAUCCUAUCUCAGACAUCACUGCUUCCUAUCUGAGACAUCAGCUCAUCCUAUGUCAGACAUCACCGCUUCCUGUCUGAGACAUCACCUCAUCCUAUCUCAAACAUCACUGCUUCCUAUCUGAGACAUAUCACCACUAAUCCCCAUCUGCUGUUGGGCUACACUUGAUCGCUAAUUGUAUUUUGGUUUUAUAAACCGGGUUGGACUUUUUAGAUGGAUUAUCACGUGACAGUUGUUCCUGUUUAAGAGUAUGUAUUGGUUAAGCAUAUAAGGUCAAUGUUUGUGUAUUCUGGUCUUGGGGACCUAGACGGUGCAUGUUGUUUCAUUGGCUGAUUCAGAGUCAAUGGCCUAAAGAUUGAUAACCAGACCAGAAUGUUCUGCCCUGUGUGUCCCUAUGGGCAGGAUCGGUCUAGAAAGUAUUUAUUAACAGACAGUACUUUGUUAGGUGCCCUGCAGUCCAGAAUAUGCUGGGUAACCUCAGUAGGCGCGGCCCUGGUGUUUGUUGUUCUAGGUGGAACUAAGAUGAAUGUCAUCCACACUGUUUUUCUUUUGAUUUUUUUAUUAUUUUGCCAUUUUUAUUUUUAAGCCAAUAACCCAGGGGACCUGAGUUUCAGUUCUGUCACAGAGCACCUGGUCUGUUGAUAUGCCAGUGGCCUAAAUGCUAUGCAUGAGCAAAACCCUUCCUCUCUACACCAUCCCAGCCAGUGUCUCUGCCCUCUCCUUUCCUUCCUGACUGCUACUUUCUUCCAUUCCAAUCUCUCUUUCAUGGUUGUUAUGCAGUAUUCAUAUUCACAAUAUGUUGUUGUUUUAGUUGUGUUGAUUUAGUUUUGUUGAUUUAGGUAUGAUUAUGAAAGUGAUUAUUCUUGCAUUUUAUCAUUGCUCUUGAUGAGUUUAUAGAUGAUCUGUUUGACCAAAAUCGAAUCAAUCACACAUCAGAAUAGGAGCCCUAUUAACCAAUCAUAUGCCAUAAAGACUCCAAGCCAUAGAUGGACCACUCAUGUACAAGAAUAGGAGGCAUAUGGAAUAUGAUGGUAUAGAGAAGAUACUAAGUGGGAUUCUUGGAACAUCCCAGAAAGCCCUAAAGCUAACCUCACACUGAACAGAACCAUUUCAUAUUAUUCUAACCUUUCAGAUGGUAUCCUUAAAGGUGCAGUCUGUAGAUCAGACCAGUAGUCAUGGGACAAAAUGCACAAACAAUCAAUGCUCAGACACAUUAAACCAAUUGGUACAUAGCCACUGACCAAAGGCCCUCUGUUUACAAGCAAUUGGUGGGGUCAGAGUGUGAGUAACAACUAAAACAGGGCACUUCCAAUGCAGUACUGGAGAGGCCAAACACCCCUGGUUGUCUAAUCAGGGUCUUAUACAGACCUGGUACACCAGGUGAGUGUAAUUAACUACCAGGUUGAAACUGAAACCCAAAGUUUUUGAUCCCACCAGGACCAGAGAUGAAAAGCUCUUUAGCAGAACUAACAGUGUUCACUGAAAACUGAACACUGUCACGCGGGCAGACAGGUGUUCCCCAACAUAGCUAUAACUGUUGUUAUUACAGGAUACACUAAUCAGGUCAUAGUUGUUUUAUACACUUCAUAGAAAUGUCAUAUGUAGUUUCCAGACAUAAUACAGAUGUUCCAUAAAAAUGUAUUUCAGAUCCGAAAAAACAUUUUGUCGGACAGGCCUAUUAUUCUUACGCCUGUUACAGAUGAUUACAAACUUGUUAUUAAUAUGUAAUAACUGGUCUACCACACUGGGUUGCCUGGAAGAGUCUGUCUCUACUGCCAUGACACCACACAUGUAAUAACCAUGUUAUGAACAUGUUAGAUGUAUAAUAGAGGUGAUACAGAUGUAUACUAGGAGUCUGCCUCUACUGCUGCCUCACUGCCUCAGACUUGCCAUGGAUGUGUUUUUCUAAUGUAAAUAAGACUCCUCCCCUUUCUGCACUGCCAUGGGCUUCCUCAAGACCUCUAUAAAGGGUCCUCGGCAGCUCUCUAAGGAUGCAUUCCCAGAUCUUUGGUCGCUGGUUACAAGUGUCGCUAUCGAUAUGAAAACGGGUCCCCGGAAAUUGUGCAAUAUGUCACAUAUGUGUGACCCGUGCCGUCAGAACCACUCGCUUUCAGAGCUUGGAAUUUCAUUGCUGUUUGCCGACAUACUGAUUCUACUUAAAGAUUUUGCACAUAUAAACAAAAUGUUACACGUUCAGCCCGGAAUGGGGGGUCCAAAAGACUUUAUUUGCAAAAGUCCCGGAAUGCAUCUUUUACAUCCUGCUCUACUACUCUGUAUAUACAAUGAUUAUAAGUGUUUAUAAUGCUAUAACAGUGAUUAUGUGGAGCGAGCCAUUGGGAUGGAAUACCUCAUCCACAAAGGGCAGUUGUGGGUGCAGGGUUUUGCUUCAACCAGGGAAUAAAAUGUAUAAAAUCAAGCCAGACCAGCAGCUGAAUCAGGUGGGUUUGGUUUGUGCUGGGUUGGAACAAACCCCUGCAUCCAAAUACAAACCUUUGCGGAGAGAAUUCAUCUAGCCAAGUCAAUGCAGUACGUUUCCUCAGCCUCUCUCUCUCUCUCUCACUCUCUCUCCCUCUCCCUUUUCUCUUCUUUCUGCCACAGUGUCUUUCCCUCUCUCUCUAAUUCUCUUCUCUGUCUUUCUGUUAUCUUACGGAGGGCAACCUGAAAAUGUAACGGUAUUUCUGCUGGUCGUGAUGACCUUGAUGAUAAUGUCUUUGUUUUUCAAAUGUCUGUCAUUUAAUAACACGCUUUUAUAUCAGUGCAAUUCGCUAUACUGUGGUUAUUACGUUGUCAUCCUGCUUGUCAGUUACUCCAGUCUGUUUUCCUUCCUGUCUGUUAUGUCUGCCUGUCUGUGACUUGGAUCAUCUUGUUGUUUUAACGCUAUUAAUUUUUUUACUACUGUGUAAUUUCAAACAUUCACAACAACUGGGAAACUGUCAUGGCAGGCAUUGCCCACAGAGCUGUCGUGGUAACCAAGGCCAUUAUCGCUGCACUGUAAAAACACUGCCAUUUCUUUGCUCAAAUAGUUUUUGUAAGUUUAACUCCAAAUGUGUGAAAUGUUACCAAUGACUUAACAUUUUUAUGUGAUAAUGACUUGGACUAAAAUAAGUAAUGUCUACAAUGAACGAUUUCACCGAAUCUACUUCAGGCCGAUAAUUUGGAAAAUGUGGAUUUUAAUAAAAAAAAUCUGUCAUGGA